AAAGGUUUCAAAUAAGCUUACCUAGUUCAAAUCUCUCAACCCCACUAAUUAUACUAAAAAAAACCUCAAAUAUUAUUGAGUGAGUUUGCAAAAAUUAGAUAAUGAAUUAAAUUAAAAGUAGUUAAUAUAUCAUUACUUGUGAUGGGUUGGGUUCAUCAAUUUUAAUGGUGAUAAUGGUGAUAGGUAUAAGAUAUAUGUAUCUAAAUAUUACUCUUUUUCAACACUUGUUAUGUCCGGUUAAAUUCUUUACUUUUACAUUCGUCUCUGUUAAUUUAAUGAUCUUAUUUGUUUUCUGUUAUAUUUCCUCAAAAGGCCCCUUCACUAUCUCAUGCCUAAUCUUACUUUAAUAUAUUUUCUUUUCUUAAACUCUUGCCGCCACUCUUAACAUACAUCCAUCAACAAGUAUCUUAGCAUCACAAAUUCAUAAAAUAGAUAAUAAAUCAUAAAUUGAUAUAUACUGUUAACAUUUUUUAUUUGGUAGAUUUGUCAAUAUUCAGAAUGAGUAUGAAGUACAUGACCAUGGCGAAACAUGAACUCAAACUUCCAUAAAUAAUUUAGACAAAAAGUACCAACCUUCUCUGUGUCUCAUGUUUUGUCUGUCUCCUAAAAUCCUACUUUCUUGCGUACACGAAAGCACUCCCAUGUGUAGACGAGAAUGACAAAUUUAAAGAUGAUGGAUGCGUACCCAAGAAGGUAAAAUUUCCAAGCUUACAAAAUUAAGAUCAAACAUAGACUUGACCUCACAAAAAUCACAUUCUAAGCGUAGUUUGUAGCUCAGUGAGGAUAAAAAUCACGAAUGGAGACUCCUUGGCCACCCAUCGGAUCUCCCAUUAGGGCCACCAACUGGUAGAUGGGCUAACCCUGAAAUUAUCCAUUAGUAAAAUUCCAGCGAAAUAAAAUAAUAGCCACAAACCCAUUUUCAAUUCAUUGAAGUUGGAAAAAGUUGAACUCUUAGAAGAAAAAACAAAACGAAGGAUAACAGAGAUUCUCACCCAUUAAUUGAUAGCCAUCGAUAUUAUGAACGGCUAACAUUUCAAUUUCCAUUAACACGGAACUCGACUCUUCAGUUCAGUUGAUUGAUUUCUACGAGCAAAACUUGACUCGAAACCAAUCGGAGAAAUCAUCACCCGCCCACUAAUCAGCUCUACAAAGGGUUGAAAGAACAGCGAAAAGAGAAAAGAAGUGAUUACUUGAAGGAGAAAAAUUGACAAUUUGUAAGUAUUUAAAAAACUAACAAAUAAAAUCAGACAUUGGAGUAUGGCCAUAGAUUCGGACAGUUCAGCAAUCAGCCCAUGUUUAUCACGUUGAAAGCCAAGGCUUUCUCCUCCAAAUUCUCACAGUAAAUGAUCUUUCCUCAGUUUCCAAUUGCUCUUUCGUUCCUUCAAAAACCCCUUUCUAUCACCAUAUCUUCAUCUUCUUCCACAGAAACUUGUUGGUAGACGCUUCCUCUUUCGAACUCCAUGGCCAGUGAUUCACUCGCUCCACUCUUUUUGGGUUCCGGAAAGCAGAGUCUCCAUUGAUUCUGAUUCUUUCAAGUUCCUAAAAUGACAAGGUGCUUCAGUUUCAUAGAGACCAAGACUUGGUGCCACCGCUAUAGUUUCAGCAAAUGUGGGCUCCAAUCCACCAUUACAGACCUCAAAGACGGCACCAUAGUCCACUGCUGGGUCCCCAAAAAGCCGAAUGAAUCAAAGCCCAAUCUCCUUCUCAUCCAUGGCAUUGGAGCUAAUGCACUGUGGCAAUGGGGGGAUGUGAUUCGCGGCCUGGUAGCUCAUUUCAAUGUCUAUGUGCCGGAUUUGAUCUUCUUCGGCAACUCGUUCACCACUCGGCCGGAGAGGACCGAGUGGUUUCAGGCUGAGUGUGUGAUUCGGGUCAUGGAGGCCAACUCGGUGGGGAAACUCAGUUUAGUGGGGAUAAGUUAUGGAGGGUUUGUGGGGUACAGCGUCGCGGCGCUGUACCCAGAAAUGGUGGAGAAGGUGGUGAUAUGUUGCUCAGGGGUUUGUGUGGAAGAGAAAGAUUUCAGGGAUGGGUUGUUGAGAGUCUCUGAUUUGGAGGAGGCCACGAAGAUUCUGGUGCCGCAGAAGCCAGAGAAGCUCAAAGAGUUGGUGGCUUACUCAUUUUUCCGGCCGCCGCCCCUGCGGCUGAUGCUUACUUGUCUUCUCAAUGAUUUCAUUGAGUCAAUGUGUUUGGACUAUAUUGAAGAAAAGAGAGAGCUAAUUCGAGCCAUUCCCAAGGAGAGAAAGCUUUCAGACCUUCCCAAGAUACAUCAGCGGACGAUGAUACUCUGGGGAGAACAUGAUCAAGUAUUCCCAUUAGAAUUGGGUCAUAGAUUGAAACAGCAUUUGGGGGACAAUGCUACACUUGUAAUUAUCAAGAACGCAGGCCACGCCUUCACUGCAGAGGAGCCAAAGGAGUUUUACAACCAUUUGAAGUCAUUCCUAGUUGAUUCAUAGCCUCCCUCUCCCCAUCUCAACAUUCGGGCAGCACAAAUUCACAAAUGUCUUCAUCAAGAAAAAGAAACUGAAACAAAGUCAACCAUAAUACUACUUUCCUACUUGAAAGAAAAAACCAUGAUACUACUUUCAGCUCCCUGAUUUUUUUUCUAAAGUUGGAAGUUAUUCAAAGUAACUGUUUUCCCCGAAUCUAAUGUUGAAAAUACAUUAAAUGAUUAAAUUUCUCGUACCUUGAGACCCAACUCAGGGAGUUCUAGAGUCAAAAUUCUAUUGAGACAUUUUUAAUUCCCAAAAUGUCCCUGUAACUUGUCAGAUUCCAGAUGUCUUGCUACAAAAUCAAGUUGAAACUAUUUCUUUA